UAGCAACGAUUUUCUUUUCCUUUCUCGCGUGCUGAAGGUUAGAGCUGCAUCGCGCCUCUCAGAAACCUGUGACAGCUUUCCAUCCAGUGGAAGGAAGUGUAGUGGCUGUCACACGUGUAGCAGAACUCGGGCUCGGUUUCUGGGAGAAGGCAGUGUGAGCUGUUCUCUACAAAACUACCUUCAUCACGAUGGCCGUAAAGUAAACUCGAUUCUUUGCUAGAUAACAUUGCAACAGAGGACUUAACGAUGCUAAGGACCGGACGUGGGUAGAUCAGUAGCCGAAUAUCUAUCUUCAGUUGGGAUUUAAAAAUUAAAACAAGAGGAGCCGGACCAUAAACAACAUCGGCCUUGCCCCUCUUCCCCCAGAAGAAUGGCGGUGGGGAGAUACUGCCUCUCCUUUCACCUGCUCCUCAGCCUCGCCUCUUGCUGCCGUGGGGGGUCAGUGGUUAACCAGGAGUACCGGGCUUUUAAAACGGACAACCCAGACUGGGGGUUCAACCACCUGGUCGUGGACCAAAGAACGGGCAGCGUGUACCUGGGCGCGGUCAAUAGGAUCUACAAACUGUCGAGUGACUUGCAGCCCCUGAUCACCCACCAGACAGGGCCGGAUGAGGACAACCCAAACUGUUACCCUCCCCGCAUCGUGCAGCCCUGCAACGAGCCGCUGCGGCUGACCGACAACGUCAACAAGAUGCUGCUGAUCGACCAGGGGGAGCGGCGCUUGAUUGCGUGCGGAAGCCUGUACCAGGGCAUCUGCAAGCUGCUGCGGCUGGAGGAUCUCUUCAAGCUGGGGGAACCCUUCCACAAGAAGGAGCACUACCUGUCCGGGGUCAACGACAGCGGCUCCGUCUUCGGGGUCAUCGUCUCGGACCAGGGCUCGGACGCUAAACUCUUCGUGGCCACGGCGGUGGAUGGUAAACCGGAAUAUUUCCCCACCAUCUCAAGCCGCCUGCUCGCCAGCAACGCCGAGGCGGAUGAGAUGUUCUCUUUCGUCUUCCACGACGAGUUUGUGGCUUCCCUCAUCAAGAUCCCAUCCGACACCUUCACGGUGAUCCCUGACUUCGAUAUCUACUACAUCUACGGGUUCAGCAGCGGCGCCUUUGUCUACUUCCUGACCCUGCAGCCCGAGCUGAUCAACACAGGGCCAGGCUCCAGCCGCCAGCAGGUCUACACUUCCAAGCUGGUACGCCUCUGCCAGGCCGACACCACCUUCAACUCCUAUGUGGAGAUGCCCAUCGGCUGUGUCCGGGACGGUGUGGAAUACCGGUUGCUGCAAGCCGCUCACCUGGCGAAGGCUGGCCCCGUUCUGGCCAGGUCUCUGGGCAUUCAGGCCGAUCAUGACGACGUGCUGUUCGCUGUCUUCUCCAAGGGCCAGAAGAGGCGCAGUAAAGCCCCCGAUGAAUCCGUCCUCUGCAUGUUUGUGCUGAGCUCCAUCAACGAGCGCAUCAAGGACCGCCUGCAGUCCUGCUACAGAGGGGAGGGCUUCCUCGAUCUGGCCUGGCUCAAAGUGAAGGACAUCCCGUGCGUGCCCGCGCCUGUUCCCAUUGAUGACAGCUUUUGCGGACUGGACAUUAACGCUCCAUUAGGUGGCUCAACUCUCAUGCAGGGCAUCGCCCUGUUCUUUGAGGACCGAGACCGAAUGAGCUCAGUGAUUUCAUACGUUUAUAAUGACCACUCACUGGUGUUUGUGGGGACUAAGAGUGGCAAGCUGAAAAAGAUCCGAGUAGACGGGCCUUCCCAUGGUGCACUGCAGUAUGAAACCAUUCAGGUUGUGGAGAGUGGUGCCAUUCUGCGAGACAUGUCAUUGUCUGUGGAUCGUCAAUAUCUGUAUGUCAUGUCAGAAAAGCAGGUGACCAGAGUUCCCGUGGAGGCAUGUGGACAGUACCAGACGUGCAGCGAAUGUUUAGGUUCUGGAGAUCCUCACUGUGGUUGGUGUGUGCUCCAUAACAUGUGUACAAGGAAAGAUAAGUGUAAACGUUCUACAGAGCUCCGAAGAUUUGCAUCCAACAUCAAGCAAUGUGUCACUCUCACAGUGAGCCCGAGCAACAUCUCUGUGUCACAGUAUAGUGUGCCGCUGGUGCUGGAAGCUCACAAUGUGCCGGAGCUGUCUGUGGGCGUCAACUGUACAUUUGAAGACUUUGCAGAAAUGGAUGGCCUGGUGAUCGGGAACAUGAUCCAGUGCAUUUCACCAGCAGAGAAGGAAGUGCCUCGAAUCCUGACAGACAAAGGAGACCAUCAAGUGGUGAAACUUCACUUGAAGUCCAAGGAGACAGGCAUGACCUUUGCCAGCACCAGCUUUGUCUUCUACAACUGCAGUGUUCACCACUCGUGCCUGUCCUGCGUGAACAGCCCCUAUCGAUGCCAUUGGUGCAAAUAUCGGCACGUGUGUACACAUGACCCAAGGACAUGCUCCUUCCAGGAAGGGAGGGUUAAUGUUUCAGAGGACUGUCCACAGCUGCUCGCUGCCGAGAAGGUCCUGGUGCCUGUUGGAGUGGUGAAGCCCAUUACCCUAAAGUCAAAAAACCUCCCACAGCCACAGUCAGGCCAGCGAGGUUACGAAUGUAUCCUGAACAUCUAUGGGGUGGAGCAGCGAGUUCCAGCCCUGCGAUUCAACAGCUCCAGCGUACAGUGUCAGAACACAUCGUACUCGUACGAAGGGACGACAAUCAACAACCUGCCUGUCGAUCUCUCUGUGGUCUGGAAUGGAGACUUCAGCAUUGACAACCCAGCGCACAAUCAAGUUCACCUGUACAAGUGCGGUGUGAUGCGGGAGAGCUGUGGCCUGUGCCUGAAGGCAGACCCUGAUUUCGAAUGUGGCUGGUGCAGGGCUGGUGGACGGUGCACACUCAGGCAGGACUGCCCUGCCUUGGAUGAGCAAUGGUUGGAGCCAUCGGGAACGAACAGGAAAUGUACCAACCCUCGGAUCACUGAGAUAACGCCAAUACGAGGACCCAGGGAAGGUGGGACUAAAGUGACAAUCUACGGGGAGAACUUGGGGCUGAGUUUCUGGGAGAUUGAGAGCUCUGUGCGUGUGGCUGGAGUUGAUUGUGUCCCAUUGCCAGACGGCUACAUUCCAGCUGAACAGAUCAUGUGUGAGAUGGGAGUGGCCCGACAUAAUCAGCACACUGGCUUUGUGGAGGUCUGUGUGGAGGAAUGUAAGCAAGAGUUCAUGGCAAAGUCAACACAGCUGUACAGCUUUGUGCUCCCAACUCUAACUAACCUGACACCAAGCAAAGGUCCAGUGUCUGGGGGAACAAUGGUUACUAUUCGGGGCAGAAACCUGGAUGCUGGAAGCAAUGUCUCGGUAAUGUUUGAAGAACAGCCUUGUGUGUUUGACAGGAGGUUUACUGGGGGAAUUAUCUGUAAUUCCACCUCUGCACCACGCAAGGGGAACUUCACUGUGGUGGUCAGGGUAGACAAGGCAAGGAUCGAGAAGGAACUAUUGUUUGAGUAUGUGGAUGACCCCACCAUUGUUAAGAUUGAACCAGAGUGGAGUAUAGUUAGUGGGAGUACACCUGUGAUGGUAUGGGGAACAAACCUGGACAUUAUCCAGCAUCCUAAGAUUCGGGCUAAGCACAAUGGGGUGGAAACAGUUAAUACAUGCAUGGUACAAAACUCAACCACGAUGAUCUGCCAGGCUCCUGCCCUGGCUAUCAGUCCCAGCCAACAGACCGAUAACACAGAGCGUCCUGAUGAAUUUGGAUUUAUCUUGGACAAUGUGCAAAUGUUGCUAAUCUACAACAACACAAAUUUCAUAUAUUACCCCAACCCUGUGUUUGAACCAUUGAGCACCUCUGGAGUUUUGGAACUGAAACCUGGGUCUCCCAUUAUCCUGAAGGGCCGGAACCUCAUCCCUUCUGUUGCUGCUGGUAAUAUGAAGCUGAAUUAUACCGUUCUGAUUGGAGAGAAACUGUGUUCUGUUACAGUAUCAGACACUCAGCUCCUUUGUGAGUCACCAAAUCUCACUGGACGGCACAGAAUACUGGCACGGGUCGGAGGCCUGGAGUAUUCCCCUGGGACGGUGCACAUUUUCCCAGACAGCCCACUGAGCUUCCCAGCCAUUAUCAGCAUUGGAGCGGCUGGGGGUCUUCUCAUCAUCUUUAUCAUAGUGGUACUGGUCGCCUACAAGAGGAAAUCCCGGGAGAGUGACUUGACGCUGAAGAGAUUACAGAUGCAGAUGGACAACCUGGAGUCCAGGGUAGCUCUGGAAUGUAAAGAAGCCUUCGCAGAGUUACAGACGGAUAUCAAUGAACUGACCAGUGAUUUAGAUGCUACAGGGAUCCCCUUCCUGGAUUACCGGGCCUAUACCAUGCGGGUUCUCUUCCCGGGAAUUGAAGACCACCCCGUUCUCCGAGAGUUGGAGGUUCCUGGCUACAGACAGGAGCGAGUGGAGAAGGGCUUGACGCUGUUUGGCCAGCUGAUCAAUAACAAAAUCUUCUUAUUGACCUUCAUUCGGACACUGGAGUCCCAGCGAAGUUUCUCCAUGCGGGACAGAGGCAAUGUGGCUUCACUGAUCAUGACUGUCCUGCAGACGAAACUGGAGUAUGCCACCGAUGUCCUGAAGCAGCUGCUUUCUGACCUUAUUGACAAGAACCUGGAAAGCAAGAACCACCCCAAGCUUCUGCUGAGGAGGACUGAAUCUGUGGCAGAAAAGAUGCUCACCAACUGGUUUACAUUCCUCCUGUACAAAUUUCUGAAGGAAUGUGCAGGUGAGCCUUUGUUCAUGCUGUUCUGUGCCAUCAAGCAGCAGAUGGAGAAGGGGCCGAUUGACUCAAUCACUGGAGAGGCCCGGUACUCCCUCAGCGAGGACAAGCUCAUCAGGCAGCAGAUAGAUUACAAAACACUGGUUCUAUAUUGUGUGAACCCAGAUAAUGAGAACAGUCCUGAAAUUUCCACCAAGACACUGAACUGUGACACGAUCACCCAGGUCAAGGAAAAGAUUUUAGACGCUAUCUUCAAGAAUUUACCUUGUUCACACAGACCCAAAGCGGCCGACAUGGAUUUGGAGUGGCGACAGGGAAGGAUGGCCAGGGUGAUCCUGCAGGACGAAGAUAUCACUACAAAGAUAGAGAAUGACUGGAAGAGGUUGAACACACUGGCGCAUUAUCAGGUGACAGAUGGCUCUGUGGUUGCCCUGGUGCCCAAACAAACAACAGCAUACAAUGCUGCCAAUAAUUCAACUGUGUCUCGGACCUCAGCCAGCAAAUACGAAACUAUGAUCCGGUAUACGGGCAGUCCUGACAGUUUGCGCUCUCGCACUCCGAUGAUCACACCCGACUUGGAGACAGGGGUCAAGGUCUGGCACCUGGUCAAGAACCAUGAGCACGGAGACCAGAAGGAGGGAGAUCGGGGCAGUAAGAUGGUGUCUGAGAUCUACCUGACUCGGCUACUCGCUACAAAGGGGACCCUGCAGAAAUUUGUGGACGACCUCUUUGAGACCAUCUUCAGCACGGCUCACCGAGGGAGCGCGCUGCCUCUUGCCAUCAAGUACAUGUUUGAUUUUCUGGAUGAGCAGGCAGACAAGCAUCAGAUCCAUGACCCCCAUGUCAGACAUACGUGGAAGAGCAACUGCUUGCCACUGAGGUUCUGGGUGAAUGUGAUCAAGAAUCCUCAGUUUGUCUUUGACAUUCACAAGAGCAGCAUCACGGAUGCCUGCCUCUCGGUGGUGGCCCAGACCUUCAUGGAUUCCUGCUCAACGUCCGAGCACAGAUUGGGCAAAGACUCACCAUCCAACAAGCUGCUCUACGCCAAGGACAUUCCCAACUAUAAAAGCUGGGUGGAAAGGUACUAUGCAGACAUCGGAAAAAUGCCUGCUAUCAGUGACCAGGACAUGAAUGCGUAUCUUGCAGAGCAAUCCCGUAUGCACAUGACUGAAUUCAAUGCGAUGAGUGCCCUCAGUGAAAUCUACUGCUACGUUAGCAAAUACAGCGAGGAGGUAGUUAAUGCACUAGAAUGUGAAGAUCAGUCUAGGAGACAGCGAUUAGCAUACAAACUUGAACAGGUGAUUGCCCUCAUGUCCAUAGAAAGCUGAGUGGCACAACCAAGGGACGCUGGGUAAAAGAAGCCAAGCUGUGCCUGACUAAAGAUGGUCGCCUUUCAAGUGCAAGUUAUGAUUGGUUACAAAGUCACCGUGAUCAUCUAUCUUUUACCAUUAUCUCUAUCUGUUCAUCUUCUCUUCUCUCUUGUACUCUCUCUCUCUCUCUCUCUCUCUCACCAAGAAUAUUAUUGGAUAUAUCAAAAGGUCAGUGAAAGGUUGAAACUACGCAAAUCACCUCAUGAUUUUUUUAAGAAGUAAAGCAGACAACACUCAUAUAGAAAACAAAAUUGGCGAGGGACUAAGACACACAGUGGUUUUCUCAGCCAUCAUCUGCAGAGGAACUUGACAGUCUUCAUUCUUGCUGUUGAAGUCCAAGGAACCAGGAAAGACAGAAAAUCUUCACAUUUUGUGGGAGAUUGCCAGCAAUUUCCUUUGGUCCAGAUUGAUAUCCAUAUGGCUUCAGCCAAGCAUUUGCCUUGCAGUAUUUUGCUGGGGUAGUUUGGGGGAGGGGAUGUGGUGGGGUGGGAAGAUCUUUGAUCGAAAUAUGAUCCAUAAGACAAUAGUAUAGUUUCUUAUUCAGUUGACUUCAUGGUGAGAGGUGGCAGGGCCUAUGAGAAAUAAAAAUGUAUGCAUGAGUAUUGCAAUUUAUCUGGUGUAAGACUGCAGGGGAGGGGAAAUAAAUUCUCUAAAAAUGGUGGAGGGCUGAUCUCAACAAGGGGGUUGGGGUUGAACUUAUUCCAGAUCUGUAUAGGGGCAAUGGUGCAGGGAGAGGAACAAUCACACACAAACAAAUAAAGGUACUAUAAAUCCGAACCCUUGUACUCGGCAUUGAGGAAAAAACUUGGAGGUGAUCAUGUGCAACCAAUUCCAACAAAUGGACGCAUUCAAUUUUCACCGGAUUCUGGCGGCAUUCCAGAACUCUGGGCCUAAUGGAGAAUGAGAAAAGGACUUUUGGUUUGGAAACAAUGGAUUUUCCCAGCCAGCAAAGACCAAAGGAUUUCAGUGCUGUUCAAAAAUAAGUGCCACUGUGGAAUAAAAAAAGAACAAUUUAUUUAUAGACGUCUACCUAAUGUGUGAGGCUCCAUGAGAAAAAAGUAUGAAACAAAAACCACAUAUGACAAGCUGGCUUCAAACGAACAUUCCUCUUUAUUUGCACAGGAAGACUCACAGAUUGACAAACUGUGAAUUUUAUUUAUAGCAGAACAAGAUGAAAAAGAAAUUAUAAAAGCGCCGACAUGAUUUGCACGUGUUAGAUGUAGGAGGAGCCAGAAACUCAAGGAGGGGUGGUGGGGGUAGGGGAGAGAGUCAAAGUCAGGUCUUGAGUCAUCCAUUGGUUGGUACUGAAAUACUCUAACACAGGAGCCUCAACCUCUCCCUCCCACAAGGAUGUGUAUCAGAUGGACAUGAAUAUCAUAUUAUUGUGACAUCUGAAGCUGCCACCGAAUCUUUCAGCUCCGAUAAAGAUUUAAAGGGAAUAAAAUAAAAAGAAGCUUUUUCUUUUGCCUUGAACUGUGCCAGACUUGUGAUGUGAAUGUGAUUGGUCAGCCUUGGCAAUAACCCGGGCUGCCUGGCUACUAGUUUUCUUUUCAAUAAUUUUUGUUUUUUAUUUAAAACAAGAAACGCAUGUAAUAUGAUUUUGCGGCAACAGAGAACAGCAAUGCCAUGAUUGUGAAUGUGUCAGUUUUGAAUUUUUAAAAAGUUUCCUUUUUGCUCGAGAAUAGCGUGCCCAACCUGAAUGGGUUGUAUUGCAAACAUCUCUCCAUUAAAAUCGGCAACAUCAGAAUAGAAGAUUUGUAACAACCUACCCUUAGAAAUCAGUGUUAGGAAACAUCAAGACAAAGCGACAUAGGUUUUUAUCCUAAUUAAUGACUGUCAUUAAAUAUACUACUUAAACAAAGAAAUCAAAUGACUUGAUAAAGACAAGCUUCAGAACUUUGUUAUAUCAAUUGUAUACCUGUGUAUGUAAAUAUGAUGCACUCCUAUUUUGCAGUU